CGCCGAGUAAAAAGUGUGGCUGAUGCAUCUGAGAAAAAAAAACAGAUCGUUAAUCAUUGAAAACUGUGCUUUCACAUAACAACUGUAAUCGUAAUCACCCAAUCUAAAGGAUAUUAAUGAUUAUUCUUAAUCAUUACACGCCAUUAGUUUAAUUAACUAAAAAAAAAAACGUUAUAUUAAAAAUGCCUUGAAAAUAACCCCCAGAAAUGUGCCUAGCAGUUUCCUCCAAUAUAAAGUGAGAUAGAUAAUAAAUAACACGAAAAAGAAAAUGAUUUGUGAAGAAUACCAACAGAAGGUGGUUUUUCACGUUCAAAGACAGAGAUGAACAGCACCCGGAUGUGUCACGAGCUCCGCCGCCUCCUCCCGCACCCGUGACUGCCCCCCGGCGCCGCCCCGAAGAGAGUGAUGAGCCCAACGCCGUCCGAGCGCGAGCGAUGACCACCGGGCGCCGCCGCGGCCCAGAGACGCGCUGGUACGAGCCCCCUACCCCCCGGGCCUGGCACCCCAACUCGUCGGAGCUGCAGCGCCUGGAGGCGGCCGCCCACCUCCGGAAGACCUUGCUGGAAGCGACACCCACAGGCUCGCGCGACGCGGGCGCCCUCAGGAGGAACUCGAAGGUCAACCUGGAGAAGGGCAGCCUCGACAAGGGCCUCCUCCCGCCGAGCCUCCGCGGGUCGACGUCGAGCUUAUCCUCCAUGGCCAAAGGGCCCUUGAACCCUCCCUUGGGCAGAGUGCGGAAGGACCACGACAAAGACUUCUUGGCUUCCAUGCCCAAUCUCGCCCGCCAGCAAGCCCCCGUCAGAAGUAGUUCCGAGUCGGACUUCAGCACCACCUUUGUGCUGAAGAACAAGUUCAAGAGUCAGAAUGACGUGAGAAAGGUUUUAACGAAGACGCCGCCAUCGCGGCCCCGCAGCUCGAGCCUGACCAAGUACGAGCCGCUGCCGAAUAUCCGGCACAGCGCCCCGAACCAGGAGGUACGGUCCAAGUCGGAGGGGGAGUCGCCCAUGCCGCGGAGGGGCGCAGCGACGCUUCAGAAGGGCCUCCGGUCCCCCUGGGCGGAGCCUCCUUCGCCCUGGGCGGAGUUCAGCAAGAGCCAAGGGCAGGCCAGGCAGCAGGGGCAGGUGAAGUCGCCUUGGACGGUGCCACCCACGCCGAGAGGAGCCUCGGACUCGAACAACAACCAAGGCAUGGCCGAUCCUCCGCCGAUGAUUCGGAGCAAAACCUUCGAUGUGUUCGAGACAAAGAUGAAGAACCUCCCUGUGGUGGACAGCGAGUUCGAGGGCAACAAAAGCGGCGACUCGCGCAUCGUCUCCGUGAGCAUCGAGGGUAAACCGCUCACGGAGUUCCUGACGCACGCCAAGGACGGCCUCCUCAUGUCAAGACCCGGCACGCGCUACGGAAGGAACGCCGAGCCCUCCCAAGCACAGUCCAGCCAGCACGACAAGGAAGACAUCCUCGUGUACAUCAAACUGCCCGACGAUUCCUUGCUGCUCACUUCCAGCCCGCACGACAGGACGCUCGGCCAGCUGCUGGAGGUGGUGGCGUCCACGCACGUCGGGGGCCACAAGCUCCUCAUUGCCGACGAUGGCUUGGAGGACGACGAUCUUGACAAAACCCUUCCGCAACUGGGCAUUACCGACAACACGACACUGCACCUCAUGUUCCUCACCGACUAACAACUCAGACAUUUCCUGCAUCUCGACUUUCUCUUCCAAGU